AUGGCAGGUCAAUAUCCUGCCCACUUGGAAAGGACCAUUUGCAUUACGUUGCCUCGGGAAGCCUAUUGGCGCGCAGAUCGUCGCUGUUGGCAUUGCAGGCAUGGGGGCGAGGCUGUUGCUUUGUUUUGGAGCAACCGCUCAGAAAGCGUCAUUGGGUUCUUAGAGGAAUCUGGGACGCCGCUCAAGCUCAACAGUGUUUCCAUGGCGGCUUUCAGAGCACCUACGUUGAAGCCUACCGCGCUUUACUCCACAGAAGAGUUUCAGAUUUUGAUGGACACGCAUGUUCCACCCAAAGACCAAACGCCUCCUUUGGAAGCUGAUGCUUGGCAAGCCGACAUCACGGCGUAUAGUCAGCUUGAGCGUUCACAUUUCUUGGAGGGGAAAGUUCUGGAUGCUCUGACCGAACUGCGGCAGCCUUGGACCUUGAGCUGA